UGCGAUCGAAAAUGGUAAAUAGCUGACAUUUUCAGUUUGUAUCUUAAUUUUUUCGCAACUACACCUAUCCUGGGUCGUGAAAUUAUUUUGUUUCUCUUUAUGUGAUCUUUUUUUCGUCUUAUUUUCGAUUUCGGUUUCCAAAUCUUUCUUCUUAGGCCAAGUUUUAGCAUGUUAAAACGUCGAAAGGAUAAUAAUGAGUAAAGGGAAUAGAUGAAAAAUGAAUCGGUACAAUAUUUUGCACCAGCUGGGUGACGGUACUUAUGGUUCGGUGGUGCUGGGACAAAGGAAAGAUACCGGUGAAAAGGUAGCAAUUAAGAGGAUGAAGAGGAAGUAUUAUAGUUGGGAUGAAGCAAUGAGUCUUCGCGAAGUUAAGUCCUUGAAGAAAUUACAUCAUUCGAACGUGGUCAAAUUGAAAGAGGUCAUCCGAGAAAACGAUGUCCUCUACUUUGUUUUUGAGUACAUGCAGGAAAAUUUAUAUCAACUCAUUAAAGACAGAAGAGUACCGUAUCCAGAAGCUACAGUUAGAAAUAUGCUUUAUCAAAUUUUACAAGGUUUGGCGUUCAUCCAUAGGCACGGGUUUUUUCACAGAGACCUGAAACCGGAAAAUAUACUCUGUUCAGGGCCGGAUUUAGUGAAAAUUGCUGACUUUGGGUUGGUCAGAGAGAUCAGAUCUAGGCCUCCAUAUACCGAUUAUGUUUCAACAAGAUGGUAUAGGGCUCCUGAGGUACUACUGCAUUCAACUACCUAUAGUAGUCCCAUCGAUCUUUGGGCUGUUGGCUGUAUAGCUGCCGAAGUGUAUACGUACCGACCUCUCUUUCCUGGUACCACAGAGACGGACCAGCUUUAUAAAAUAUGUGCCAUCAUGGGUACACCCGAUAAAAAGAAAUGGCCUGAAGGUUAUCAACUAGCUGGAGCUGUAGGGUUCAAGUUUCCCUAUUUCGUCAAGACGCAACUAAGUGACGUGGUACCGCAAGCAGGAUCUCUUGCCGUCGCUCUUAUGGACGAUUUGAUGGAGUGGAACCCUGUGCACAGGCCAACGGCUCAAGGAGCCCUAAAACAUCAGUACUUUCAGGUUGGUCAAAGUUACUCAAGUGUGACGAGACCUUUAGUGGCUAACAACGUUCUUCAAGAAAACGGUAUGAUUAAAAAUUCUGCUAGACCUGGUCGUGUACUGCCUCAACCACCAUCAUUUUCGACUACGGAACAACAAAUCAACCAUGUACCGGCUCCAGCUCCAACAUUACAAAUCCAAGCCAACGGUCGUAACCUCCUCGACGAUCUACCAAGUCCAAUAUCCCUCCCCAACAACCAAGCCGUACCACCCAUGCCACCAAGUGUCCAGAUUAACAUCCAAUCGCUGAUCAAGCCGAUGAAAACUCCAGAGAAACCAGCCCCACAGCCUAUAGUUUACAGUUUUGGACAGUCGGAGUAUGCUAGUAGGUACUUGCCGUCGGUACUGUCGGGGAACCAGGUUCGAGGUCGGGAGAAGAAGAUGAGUUGGGAUUAUGGAGUGACUGGAGGAUUUGAAUAUGCCGAGGAUGACUUUGCUGAUAUCUUAGGAAGAAAGCUCAAACGGCCCAACCCGGACAAUCACAUCCAAACGAAGGAGAAGAUCAACCUGAGCCAAUUCAACUUGCAAGACUUGCUGGAACCUUUGGCCAAAGCCAGCGCUGGUACCGCCAGAACACAGUACUUGAGUGUAUCGAGGUACGUGGCUGGACAUCCGGUGUCUGGUACCAGGAGAGAGUUAAAUUUGGGACAGAGAAAUAGCGGACUAUAUGGAAGAAAAUCUGCAAAAAUCGACAUGCAACCGCUGUGGGCAGAUGGCGUUCAACUCGCCGACAUGAAUUCGGCGAAAUCGCGCCGUCUGCCGGCCAAAGUCGAAAUCAACUCUUCUGCCAAAUGAUCGAAACCACUCUGCGAGACUGUGAUAUAUUUCUUUUUUAUAUAUCCUGGAAGUGCAACCGCUGAGUGGGAGUACACUCGAUGUAAGAACGAUUCCAAAGGAAAGAUAUACUUUUAAGUGAUUAAAAAACAAGCAAAAAUGUAUAGGUUUAACCAAAUUAUUAAAUACAAGU